AUGACAGAUCAACUAAGGGAGAAAGUGAACUCUGUAUCGCCGGAGACAGUGAACUCUGUAUCGCGGGAGACAGUGAACUCUGUAUCGCAGGAGAUAGUGAACUCUGUAUCGCGGGAGACAGUGAACUCUGUAUCGCGCCAAGAGAAAGUCGAAUACAACACUCAAUCAUUAAUCGAGCCGACGGAGGAAACAAGGGAGGAAUUGCGCCAAGAGAGUGUCAAAGAUGAUGCUCAAUCAUUAAUUGAGCUGACGGAGCAACUAAUGGAGAAAUUGGACUCCUUAUCGCGCCAAGAGAGUGUCAAAGAUGACGCUCAAUCAUUAAUUGAGCUGAAGGAGCAACUAAUGGAGAAAUUGGACUCCUUAUCGCGCCAAGAGAAUGUCAAAGAUGACGCUCAAUCAGUAAUCGAGCUGACGGAGCAACUAAGGGAGAAAUUGGACUCCUUAUCGCACCAAGAGAAUGUCAAAGAUGACGCUCAAUCAUUAAUUGAGCUGACGGAGCAACUAAGGAAGAAAUUGGACUCCUUAUCGCGCCAAGAGAAUGUCAAAGAUGACGCUCAAUCAUUAAUUGAGCUGACGGAGCAACUAAGGGAGGAAUUGAACUCCUUAUCACGCCAAGAGAAUGUCAAAGAUGACGCUCAAUUAUUAAUUGAGCUGACGGAGGAAACAAGGGAGGAAUUGGACUCCUUAUCGCGCCAAGAGAAUGUCAAAGAUGACGCUCAAUUACUAAUUAGGCUAACGGAGGAACUAAGGAAGGAAUUGAACUCCUUAUCACGCCAAGAGAAUGUCAAAGAUGACGCUCAAUUAUUAAUUGGGCUGAUGGAGCAACUAAAGAAGAAAUUGAACUCCUUAUCGCGCAAAGAGGACGUCAAAGAUGACGCUCCAUCAUUAAUUGGUCAGGCUAAGGAAGAUGCUAGUGGGCAUAACGAAGAUGCUAGUGGGCAUGACCUUGUUGACAAUGUGCGCAAAAAAUGA